AUGGAAAAUGAUGAAACGAGCAGCUCAAGCGACUCUCCCGCAGACAGGUCCUUCGAAGACGCCCGCGAUGCUGCGUCAGGCGAAUCUACGGACUCAGAGGACUUAGAAGCGAAUACGGAAGUGGUGAAAAACAUACACUUCUACCCCUUCGCGGAAUCGCAGGAGAACCGAAGCCCGUACCGGUACGGCGACUCAAGUGAUGACAACGGGUGCGAUCGGCAGGGCAGCGACGACGAAGACACAUCUUCGUACGACAGUUCGCCUCACUACGCCGCCGCAGUGGAGCCAAGCGCCUUCAAACACUCGUCCGGUCUUCGGUACACGGCCGUGCCCGGCUACGACGACUCGCAUAUAUAUGGAAACAGCAACAGCAGCGCCAGUGACCAAUAUUCCAUUGAAGAAGGCGUAGGGCGCAAGCUAACUGGCGAAGAUUCUAUAGAAGAGUCAAACUCUAGUGGCGCAAUAACGGCAGAAGAUUCGUCGGCGGAAACAGAUCAAACAAGUGACGAGGACGGCAGUGGAGGGAGUGCGUAUCAGCCAGUGGAUGAUGCCCCAAAUACGCAGUCACCUAUAGCUGCAAGUGCCGUGGGGGACAACAACGUGCGGGAACCAGUUUCAAGUUGCUCAACUGAGCUCCGCUGUAGAAUACUGCAGGGCGAAAUACGGAUACUCAGGAACGAGAAGGCUGAUUGGCUGGAAAGGGAGCGCGAGCUCGUCAAACGAGUCCAGCAGGUGCAUGAAGACCUAAAGGAACAGCGAAAGAAGCUGCUGGAUAGGCAAAGAAAGUCGCAGGCGCUGGAGCAGGAAGUCGAACUGCUGCACUGCCGAUACAAAACCAGGCAGGAAACCUUGGAGCAAAGCUACAAAACGCUGUGCGAAAACGUGCGACUGACCGAUCUGGCUUCGCUAAAGGGGAGGCUUGACCUCAGAAGGCUCCAAACGAAGAAUAUGUUGCUAGAAGAGCUCCUUCAAACAAAAACUGCGGAUUACGAAAGGUUGAAGAGUAUGGCAUCGCAAUUUGCAUGGCCCGCCGACAUGCAGAUGAAGUGUGCCCCGUCAUCUGAGGCCACAUGCGGCAGCUCCAAAUCUGAUGACACCGCCAUGUCGACCUGGGACGGAGAGGUUGGCCAGCACAAGGAUCCUGUACACGAUGGUGCUGCCAUUGACUCCGGUAACGCUGAUGCAUCUGAGUCCAGACCUGGCGGAGACUGCACUACAGAAAAUGAACCCGACCAGUCAUGUGAGCCACCUGAGGAGCACGAUGCGAUGUCCAGAGGCGAUGACCCUGCGGAAGGCUCUCGUUCGGAUUCAGGCCGCGAGGAACACACAGCUUACGCAGGGGAUGUAGCAGAACCGCAGCAGAUCCCACCGCAUUCCAGCAAAGGUGUGGAAACCCUACAUGAGCUCAGCCAACUCAUGAGGAUACACCUGAAGCAGAUGAUCGGUUGCGCAAAGGAAGCGGAGAAGCAAAUGCGCGAAAGCGUCGACGCGCAAAUUGAGGAGCUGAAAGAAUUGCUACAACAGACACGUUCGGAUUUGGCAUACAAGACAGAAGAGUGCAACGUGCUCUCAAGAACUCUGGAAGGUCUGCGAUCGGAACUGGAUAUUGCCAGGAGCAACUUAUCGCACAGCAUUGAUGAACACCGCGGCAUAAAGGAAAAGUACCAGUGCAAGCUUUUAGAGGUGGAAAAGCUACAAAAUGAUCUAGAUGCCCUCCUCUUACAGUACGAAGAGGUCAAGCGGGAGCUGAGUUCAACCGUGUCGCAAGGACGGCAGCAAAGGGCAGCGUUCGACGAAUACGUCAAAGACACGGAUAUGAAACUACAUAAGAUGGAGGUGCUCUUGUCCGUCGGUGGGCUGGCAGGUGCGUCGGUAGGGGCACUCAGUGAAACAGCACCCCUAGGAGAUACCAACGAACCAAAUGAAGACGCAGAAGCAGACGCUACUGAAUCGCCCGGGAGCGUGAAAGAUGUCGAUAUUCAUAACACGGAUUUCGCAGCUCCGGUUGAAGGUUACAGCAACGUAGCAAGGAGACACCCAGCUUAUCAACAGCACCAAGCAUGCAUGGCAACACGAACAAAUAACCCCGCACGAAACGAGGAAAUACAGCUACAACGAGCUCUAGCUAGUUGUAAUACGCAUCUACCUGAUGUGCGAGAAAGCGACUGCGAGGCCUGCUGCGUAAAUGGCACGCCAAACCCUGAGACACAAACCGACCAUAUGAAUGACGGCGUGGAAAACACAACGCCCUCGUCAGUAUCGCAAACCGGCGCAAUAGAUACCGGUAAGAUGCAAGAAAUUUUUAAGGGUGUCGUUGUCAGACUCCUCAAGAAGGUCGAAACCCUCACCCAGACUCUGACUGAGCAGGUGGUGCGAGCAUUCAAAAGCGAACAACGGGUGAAGGAGCUUGAAUCUGGAUUAAAGCCCGUCUGCCUAUGCCGCAAAUCACUCGAGCGGGUCGAGGCCACUAAGCGCAAACGAUGCUGGUGCAGAUACAAGCGCGUUGCAGAACUCAGACGCAAUGUCACACACUCGGCACUACUGCUGGACAAAAACACCAUUUCAGCUGUGUUGGCGGGUGAAAUGAGCUGCAAAAAACGCAAAGUCGCACCUCCAGACACCACAGAAUAG